AUGGUGGAUGCUGUAGUAACAGUGUUCUUGGAGAAGUUGUUGGGAGCUUUAUCAGAGGAGAGCCGUGUUUUCAGUGAAGUCAGGGACAAAUUUGAAACAUUACAAUCUGAGCUUCAACUGAUGCAAAGCUUUCUCAAAGAUGCAGAGAGGCUCAAGAGGAAGAAAGAGACCGUUCGUCGCGUAAUGGCUAAUUUGAGAGAAUUGAUUUAUGAAGCUGAAGACAUACUAGCAGAUUGUCAGCUUCAAUCAAGAGAUGAUGGGCUGUUUUCCAGCGGUUGGUUUAUGUGCACCAACCCUUUUAAACUUCCAUUCCAAUAUCAAACCGGGAAGAGCCUUGGAGAAAUCAACAGGAAAAUUGCCCGCAUUAAGCAAGAUAUUUCAUUCUAUCUUGGAGUUCCACUGCUGAAUCAACUGGAGCCAAUAAAUGCACAAAAUGACCUGAUGCCUAGAUGGAGCAGUCCUGUGUAUGAUCACACCCAAGUCGUAGGUUUGGAAGGCGAUGCGAGUAAGCUCAAAGAAUGGUUAUUUGAAGCUGAUAAGGGGAUACUAGCUAUUGGAGUUGUGGGCAUGGGGGGCCUGGGGAAAACCACUAUUGCUCAAAAAGUAUUUAAUGACAGGAAGAUUGAGGAGCACUUUGAUAGAAGAAUUUGGGUUUCUGUUUCUCAAAAUUUCAGUGAAGAGCAAAUCAUGAGAAGUAUGUUAAGGAACUUGGGAGAUGCAAGCGCAGGAGACGAUAAGGGUGAAUUACUAAAGAAAAUAAAUGAAUAUCUUUUAGGCAAGAGGUUUUUGAUUGUGAUGGAUGAUGUGUGGAGCUUGGAUGUCACUUGGUGGCUCAGAAUUUAUGAAGCAUUGCCAAAGGGAAAUGGAAGCAGCAUCAUUAUCACCACAAGGAUAGAGAAGGUUGCACAGAAAAUGGGAGUGAAGGAAGCAAGAUUGCAUUGGCCCAAAUGCCUCAGCAAGGAUGAUAGUUGGCUGCUAUUUCAGAAGAUUGCAUUUGCAGCUGAUGGAGGUGAGUGUAUGCAUCCAGAACUGGAAAAUGUUGGAAAGGAGAUUGUUGAGAAGUGUAAGGGUCUUCCAUUAGCAAUCAAGGCAGUUGGAGGAAUAAUGCUCUGCAAACCAUCACGCUAUCAUGAAUGGAGGCGAAUUGCAGACCAUUUUCGUGAUGAAUUAGCAGAGAAUGAUAACUCAGUUAUGGCUUCUCUACAAUUGAGUUAUGAUGAACUCCCAUCUUACUUGAAGUCAUGCUUUCUUUGUUUGUCUCUUUAUCCUGAAGAUUGUGUCAUAACCAAAGACCAAUUGGUACAUUGGUGGCUUGGAGAAGGUUUUAUUCCGCUGAGAAAUGGUAGAUCAGCAAUUGCAGCAGGGGAAGAUUGUUUCUCGGGGCUAACAAAUCGAUGUUUGCUAGAGGUGGUGGACAAGACUUAUCAUGGAACAAUCUCCACAUGUAAAAUUCAUGAUAUGGUUCGGGAUGUGGUGAUAAAAAUGGCAGAAGAUGAUGCAUUUUUCAACACAGAAGGUAAAAACUGCCGCCAUUUGGGUAUUGCAAGUAGCAUGACUCAGAAGGCCAAUCACAAGCUGCGUGCAUUGUUAUCUACAACUAAGACAGGUGAAGUGAACAAGAUUGCUUCAAACACUGCAAAGAAGUUUUGUAAGUCUAGAAACCUUCGAGCAAUGGAUUUGUCCAGGUCAAUCUUUGAUACACCUCUCUCAGGCCUUUUACAUCAGAUUGGUGUUCUUCAACACCUAACCUACCUUAGUGUAAGCAACACACAUCCGUUGGUUCAACUCCCACCUUCACUUGACAAGCUUAGCAACCUUCAGGUUUUGGAUGCCAGCUACUGUCAAAACUUAAAGAUACUCCCCCCUUGUAUUAUGACUUUCAAGAAGUUAAGGGUCUUAGAUGCCAGCUAUUGUGGUUCACUCGAGUAUCUACCUAAAGGCUUGGGAAGGCUUUCAAAUCUUGAAGUGUUAUUGGGAUUCAAACCAGCCAAAUCAAGCCAGUUAGAAGGUUGCAGGAUUGGUGAGCUCAGAAAUUUAAUUCGGCUUAGGACACUAGGGAUUCGACUGAGUUGCUCUGAUGAGAUUGGAGAUACUGAGGUCAAUGUAUUGGUAAAUCUACAAGAACUGCAGCAUCUGUCAAUAAGUUGCUUUGAUAGUCAUGGUAAUAAUGACCUCACAGCCAAGCUUGACAAGCUGUUCCCUCCUCAACAGCUCCAUGAGCUCAGCCUAGAAUUCUAUCCAGGAAAGAUUAGUCCAUCUUGGCUCAAUCCCAUCUCACUUCCUAUAUUGAGGUAUCUUUCAAUAUCAUCAGGCAAUCUUGCAAGGAUGAAUGAAAAGUUUUUGGGGAAUGACAACACUGUCUGGAAAAUUGAGGGCUUACUGUUGGAAUCUCUUUCCGAUUUCGAAGAAGAAUGGGAGAGGCUUCAACAAGUUAUGCCAGCAUUGAGAGUCGUCAAUGUGAGCUGGUGCCCAGAGCUGGUAUCUUUUCCAAUUGAGAAUGUUGGGUUUAGAGGUGGUCUCUGGAAGGAGGAAGUGCACAAAAGCUAA